UUGCUUCUUCUACCUGGCAGGGAAUAAGAAUUUUAAAAAAUUCCUACUUCCUAUUUAUUCAUAAAAAAACAAUAUAUGUUUAGACUUAGCUUAGAGACGGAGCAAUGGCGGUGGGCGAUGCUGGCUUGCAAGAGGAACACCUCGACGUCCUCACUCAAACCGGUCAAAAGACUGGUAUUUCCAAACCCAGAGGAGAUGUGCAUCGAGAUGGGGAUUACCAUCGAGCAGUUCAUGUGUGGAUUUACGCCGAGAAUACGCAAGAAUUGCUUCUCCAACGGCGCGCUGACUGCAAGGAUUCAUGGCCAGGAUUUUGGGAUAUCUCCAGCGCCGGCCACAUAUCCACCGGCGACUCGUCGCUUAUAACGGCUAGGAGGGAGCUUCAAGAAGAACUUGGUGUAAUCCUUCCAAAGGAUGCAUUUGAGAAGAUAUUCGUUUAUCUUGAAGAGUGUGUCACAAAUGACGGCACAUUCAUCAACAAUGAAUUCAGUGACGUAUAUUUGGUAACAACAUUAGAUCCAAUCCCUCUUGAGGCAUUUACUCUUCAGGAAAUAGAAGUCUCUGCAGUUAAAUAUAUCUCUUACAAGGAAUAUAGAAGCUUGCUUGCAAAAGAAGAUCCAGAAUAUGUCCCCUAUGAUGUAAAUGGAAAAUAUGGUCAGCUAUUUGACAUAAUUGAAAGAAGGUACACAGAGAACAAUGUAGCACGUUGUCUAACCCUACAGAACCAACUACGUCGAUAUGCUCCUGUUUCACUCGAUCCAGAGUUGACUGGGUUUUCAGAAGCUGAUAAGGAGGCUCUAGCACUACUUAUUAAGGCUGCAACAAUCAUGGAUGAAAUAUUUCAUCAGCAGGUUUGGUACAGUAAUCCUGAUCUAAGAGCUUGGUUGAAGGAGCAUAUGAAUGCAACAGAUAUAGACAAGUUAAAAUGGGCCUAUUAUUUGAUUAAUAAGAGUCCAUGGUCUUGCCUUGAUGAGAACGAGGCAUUUUUGACAACUGCAGAUUCUGCCAUAAAGUUGCUUCCUGAUGCCACAAGAGCAGUUACAGGGUGGAAGGGUCUCGAAUACAAAGCUGCAUUUCCCAUGCUGAAACCACCCGGUGCAAAUUUCUAUCCUCCAGAUAUGGACAAAAUGGAAUUUGAACUAUGGAAGAGCAGCUUAACAGAUUCCCAAAAACAAGAUGCAACUGGCUUUUUCAAUGUCAUCAAAAGGCACAGCGAAUUCAAUCUGGAUUCUUCGAUUUAUAAUAAGACACUUGAUGAUACAGAGAAGCUAGUGCAAUCGACUAAUGAUCUAUAUAUUGUUCCAUUCUCUGAAGAGUACAAUUCUUUCCUUGCAAAGGCCGCUAAGUUGUUGCAUAAAGCCGGUGAUUUGAGCAGCUCACCUAGAUUUCUUCAUAGCAGAGCUGAUGCUUUCCUUUCAAAUGACUACUAUGACUCAGAUAUUGCCUGGAUGAAGUUGGACUCAAAGCUGGAUGUUACUAUUGGUCCAUAUGAGACGUACGAAGAUACACUCUUUGGGUACAAGGCUACAUUUGAAGCAUUUAUCGGUGUUAGGGAUGACAAAGCAACAGCUCAAGUAGAACUUUUUGGUGAUAAUUUGCAGGUUUUGGAACAAAAUCUUCCCUUGGACAAUAUGUACAAAUCAAAAGAUGUGAUUGCGGCUCCAAUUAGAGUCAUCAACCUCCUCUAUAAUGCCGGGGAUGUGAAGGGUCCUCAAACUGUCGCCUUCAAUCUACCAAAUGACGAGCGCAUAGUAAAAGAUCACGGAACAUCAAUGGUUAUGCUUAAGAAUGUUUCGGAGGCCAAGUUCAAGCAUAUUCUUCAGCCUAUAGCUGAUGAGUGUAUUACGAAGGAACAACAAGAACUUGUGGAUUUUGACUCUUUCUUCACUCACACUAUCUGCCAUGAGUGCUGCCAUGGGAUUGGACCUCAUUCCAUAGUACUUCCAAAUGGGGAAAAGUCUACUGUUAGAUUGGAGCUGCAAGAACUUCACUCUGCUUUGGAAGAAGCAAAAGCUGACAUAGUAGGCCUUUGGGCGCUAAGGUACUUAAUCGACCAGGAUUUGCUUCCAAAGAGUUUGUUGAAAUCCAUGUAUGUUUCCUUCCUUGCGGGAUGCUUCCGCUCAGUACGUUUCGGUUUGGAAGAAGCUCAUGGCAAAGGUCAAGCACUGCAGUUUAAUUGGUUAUAUGAGAAAGGGGCCUUUAUUUUGCAUUCCGACGAAAAAUUUUCUGUGGAUUUCACCAAGGUUGAAGGUGCGGUUGAAAGCUUAAGUAGGGAGAUACUCACAAUACAAGCAAAAGGCGACAAAGAGGCUGCUAAUUUACUUCUUCAGAAAUACUGUAAACUGACAGAACCAUUGAACAUUGCUUUGGGGAAACUAGAGAACGUUCAGGUACCCGUCGAUAUAGUUCCCUCCUUUCCUAUUGCAAACAGGAUAUUGGAGUAAAGGUGCCAAACUUCUUGCUAUCAUCUUUGUCAUCCAUACGAAAUGAGAAAUGCGAUUCCUAUUGCAAACAGGAUAUUGGAGUAAAGGUGCCAAACUUCUUGCUAUCAUCUUUGUCAUCCAUACGAAAUGAGAAAUGCGAUACACGUCGCUCGGCAUGCUAAUGAAUGACAAUUUUAUACAAAUACAAUUGCAUAAUGCUCUUGAUUCUGGUGUCCUUGUUUGGAUAGAUGAUGUACACUUGAUAACAAUAAGACAGUUCUGAGUAUCUAAGAAGCUGACUUUACUAUGUUGAUGGAGCAAUCUCCUUUGCUUCUUUUGUUGUAUGAGCUUGGAGUUAAGAGAAUUGAAGAUAA